AUUAUAAGAUUAAAAUCGUAACCUUAAAAGCCAAAAAAAUAAAAAUUGAGAAACACUGGACACUUGGCGCUUCUACCAUGCCCUAAAUUCUCGAAGAAGGAGGAACCAAAAAAACAGCAGACAAAAUCAGAGGGAAAAAUAAUUUUAUUAAUAGAAAAAGAUUACGAAAUGGGGACGAAUAUCAACUUCAACAACUUCACCAACGACCCUUCUUCGGACGCCGGUGGGGGAGGGGGCAGCGGCAGCCGCCCUCCGGGGAACUUUCCGUUGGCCAGACAGCCAUCGAUCUACUCUUUGACCUUCGAUGAGUUUCAGAACACCAUGGGGGGGAUAGGAAAGGACUUUGGGUCAAUGAACAUGGAUGAGCUGCUCAAGAACAUAUGGAGUGCAGAGGAAACACAGAACAUGGUAGCCUCCUCUGCUAGUGGUGCCCAAGAGGGUCUGCAGCGCCAAGGCUCUUUGACCCUGCCUCGAACCCUCAGCCAAAAGACUGUGGAUGAGGUGUGGAAAGACAUAUCCAAGGAAUAUGGGAAUGGGAGUGGUAUUGGAGCAGCUCAUUUGCCCCAGAGGCAGCAGACUUUAGGGGAGAUGACUUUAGAGGAGUUUUUGGUGAGAGCUGGGGUGGUGAGAGAAGAUGCUCAAUUAGCUGGAAAGGCUAUUGCUAAUGGUGGUUUUUUGGGUGAUUUAUCGAGGUCAGGGAAUUAUUCUGCUCAAGGAAUUGGGUUUCAGCAGAAUAGGGGCCUGGGAUUGAACAAUAAUAAUACUAAUCAGAUUUCUUUGCAUUCCUCAAAUUUGCCUUUGAAUGUUAAUGGGGUCAGAUCAAAUCAGGCACAGGUACAGCACCACCAGCAGCAACAACAGCAACAACAAAUAUUUCCUAAGCAGCCUAAUUUGGGAUAUGUGACACAGAUGCCUUUGCAAACCAAUCCUGGAAUCAGGGGUGGAAUCGUGGGGAUUGCAGAUCAGGGGAUCAACAGUGGUUUGAUGCAGGGUGGAGCUUUGGGAAUGGUUGGAUUAGGAGGUGCUGCAGCAGGAUCACCUGCAAACCAGUUGUCAUCAGAUGGGAUUACAAAGAGUAAUGGGGAUACAUCUUCAGUGUCGCCAGUUCCUUAUGCCUUCAAUGGAGGUUUAAGGGGAAGGAGAGCUUGUGGUACUGUGGAGAAGGUGGUUGAGAGGAGGCAGAGAAGAAUGAUUAAGAACAGAGAGUCGGCUGCAAGGUCACGGGCUCGCAAGCAGGCUUAUACUCUGGAGUUGGAAACAGAAGUUGCAAAGUUAAAAGAGGAGAACCAAGAAUUGCUAAAGAAACAGGCGGCAAUCAUGGAGAUGCAGAAAAAUCAGGUCAUGGAGAUGAUGAAUCAGCAGCAGGGAGUUAAGAAACGGUGCUUGAGGAGGACUCAGACUGGCCCAUGGUAAAUUGCAAGAACAGAAUUGUGAUUAUACAGUUGAAAAUGACAUAUGUUAGGUGGCUGUAUAUAUUUGGGAAACGUCUCUAUUUCUGUAGAUUAAGAAGGUGCGAGUGUUACAGUGGCGGAAAUGAGAGUUUUACUGUUGUAGAUUAAAUCAUCCAAUAUCUGUUGUCUAUUUGCUUCUCUUCUGAACUUCUUGGUUAGUUAUAGCAGUGGAAGGGAAGUAAAUGCAUUUUCUGUGAGUUGUAAUUUCAUAUAUGUUUGAAAGCA